AGGGGCCGGCGAGGCGGACCGGGGCGGGGGGCCGCGGGGGCCGCCUCAGCCCCCCGCGAGCGCCCGAGGUGCUCCCGGCCGGACCGACCCAGCCGCAAGGUGGACGUGCCUCUCGUGCCCGGAGGAGGACGAUGCCGGCUUGUCUGUAGCGAUGGUCAGCGGUUCAGCGCGGCUGAAGCUCAGCGAAUGAGACUAUGGGCUGUGCCUCCGCCAAGCAUGUUGCCACCGUUCAGAACGACGAGGAGGCCCAGAAGGGGAAGAGCUUCCAGAACGGAGACGUGUUUGGCGAUGAGUACAGAAUCAAGCCAGUGGAGGAGGUCAAGUACAUGAAGAACGGGGCCGAGGAGGAGCAGAAGGUAGCAGCCAGGAACCAGGAGAACCUGGAGAAAAGCGCCAGCUCAAACGUCAGACUAAAAACUAACAAAGAGGUCCCGGGAUUGGUGCACCAGCCCCGAGCAAACAUGCACAUCUCAGAGAGCCAGCAGGAGUUCUUCCGGAUGCUGGAUGAGAAGAUUGAGAAGGGUCGCGAUUACUGUUCGGAAGAGGAGGACGUCACAUAGCACCGGCCACGCCGCCCGGACCGGGAGCAGCGACUACUGUGUAAAUAGGUUGCACCCCCGUGGAAAUCUGUGCAGAGAUCGGUUCUCUCCGGCAAACAGCCUCAUAGCAAAGGAGACAGCUCCGUGUCGUCCGCCCCUCAGACUUCAGUGUCCCCUCGCGGACUUGCGGGGACGCUGCUCCGCACACAGCGCCCACCGCUGCCCGGCUUCGGCUUCCCUCCUUGCUGCUAGUUCAAGCUCGUCUCCCGCGUGCAGCUCCGCCCGGCCGCUGCGGCGCGCGCGCUCUCCUGCCGGAUGAGGCCGCUGCGCUCCCUGGCACACUUCUCCCCCCUGGUUCUGCCUCCCAGGCAAGCAUCGCCCGCCCGCCGCCGCCCGCCGCUCCUCCCCGUCUGGCGAGCGGGCCGAGACGGCGGAGCCGGAGCCAUGUUUCUCGCUGGCAGUGCUGGGCUUUGGCCGGGGCGAGCCCGGCCUCUGCCCGGAAGAAGCGGAGACACUGCCUUGGGUUAAAGGCGUGUGGGACGUGGCUCCUGCAGGUGGCCCGGGGGCGGGCACCCAGCGUCCCCUCGGCCGGGCGUCUGGGCCCAGGCCACAGCCCACAGCAGCCAGGGGCUCCACCUGGACGCACGCAGAUGGCCGUGUGGUCACAAUCACUUUGAAUCCCCCGUCCUCACUUUUUUUUUCUAAGAAAAUAAACAUUUUACUGUUUGUAUGUAUCCCGUCUCCUCCCAUUCUUGGAGCUCCCUGUGGUCAGAGGAUCCUGGACGUGGAAGCCCAGCCCUGCCCGCCCCGCCCCCCGGCCACCUGCCCAGCAGCAGCAGGGGUUGGGAGUGGGCAGGGGGCACCCCACGGCCUCAGGGGACCUGGGCCACCCUGUGAGCACACCAGCCAUCCCACUCCCCCGGUCCCUGUCCAAGACACCGCGCGAGCCUUGCCACUUCCCUACCCUUCCCCUACAGCCCUGGGUGCCGGGGAGCAGUGCCUGCCUCCUGGAAGCCGGCCCUGAUUGUCCCCGGAAGUGCAGAAGCCAAGAGCCCCUGGCCGCGGCGGGGCGCGUUGACUGUGUUCCGUAGAGUUUAUUUUUCCAUACGAAGCCAAUGGCCCCUUCUCAAAGCCAGAAGUCCUAUUUUUAACAAAUGUUGUCACAAGUAAAUAGCAACAAA